GGCGGGGCGGGGCGGGGCGGAGCAAUCUAGCUGCGUAACAGGCUGCGCAAAGGCCUCCGGGAAGCCGGAAGUGAAGCUCGCCGCCAGUUUCUCCCCUCCUCCACGUCCAAAGCUUUCUCUGACUGCUCUCAGUAGCCGGUUUCGGGACUCCCUCCAGACCGCGCCUGCAGCCUCGAGACGAGGCCGGGAAAGCUGGAGGAGCUUCAGGGGGGACUCACUGGGGCUGCUUUGCUGCCUCCACAGGGAGCCUGGAGUGCCCGGGAUGGCCUUGGAGAGGGACAGACUCGCAGCCCAGGAAGCUGUGAUGUUCCAGGAUGUGGCUGUGGACUUCACGCAUGAGGAGUGGCGCCUCCUGUCCCCUCCCCAGAAGGAGCUGUACAAGGAGGUGAUGCUGGAGAAUGCCCGGAACCUGCUCUCUAUGGGGCUUCCAGCUCCCCCACAAGAAGUGAUCUCUUAUUUGGAGCAGAGGGAAGUCCAGUGCAUGCUGAAGCCAGAAGGCCUACAGAGCUGCUGCCCAGAAGGAGAGAUUAGACCUGAAAUGAAGGCAAAUUCAACAGAGGGUAGCUAUCCUGUGGAAGAAAUGGACUUACAAAGAUUCAUGCAUAAACGUCCUGAUAACUUUGCUUCUAGGGAAUUCUGUGUUGCCCGUCAAAAUUCAUCUCAUAUUGAAUACCAAAGAAUGCAAUCUGAGGAAGAAUCUAGUGAAAAUAAUCAGUGUAGAAAGACUUUUAUACACAGAUGCAGUGUUGCUGGACAUGACAGAAUCCAUACUAGCAAGGAACCUUAUGAAUGGAGGCAUCAUGGAAAUACAUUCAUUGAGAGCUCCAAUUUUGCUGGACAUCACAGAAUCUACAAUGGGGAGACACCUUAUGAAUAUAAUCAAGGUGUGAAGGUGUUCAGUAUGAGUUCCCAUCUUGCUAUACAUCAGAGAAUGCACACAGGGGAGACACCUUAUGAAUGUAAGCAAUGUGGAAAGACAUUCACUCAGAAUUCCUGUCUUGCCGUACAUCAGAGAAUGCACAGUGGGGAGAAACUUUAUGAAUACCAGCAGUGUGGAAAGACAUUCACUCACACCUCUAGUCUGGCUAUAUAUCAGAGAAUCCAUUCUGAGGAGAAACCUUAUGAAUGCAAGGAAUGUGGGAAGACAUUCAAACAGAAGUUCCAUCUUGUUCAGCAUCAGAGAUUGCACACUGGGGAGAAACCUUAUGAAUGCAAGCAAUGUGGGAAGACAUUCAAUCAGAGGUCCCAUCUUGCUGUACAUCAGAGGAUGCACACUGGAGAGAAACCUUACGAAUGCAUGCAAUGUGGAAAGACAUUCAAGCAGAUGUCCCAUGUUGCUGUACAUCAGAGAAUCCACACUGGAGAGAAACCUUUUGAAUGCAAGCAAUGUGGAAAGACAUUCAAUCGGAGGUCCAAUCUUGCUGUACAUCAGAGAAUGCACACUGGGGAGAAACCUUAUGAAUGUAAGCAAUGUGGAAAGACAUUCAAGCUGAGGUCCCAUCUUGAUGUACAUCAGAGAAUGCAUACUGGGGAGAAACCUUAUGAAUGCAAUCAGUGUGGAAAGACAGUCACUCGCAUCUCCAGUCUUGCUACACACCUGAGAAUCCACAGUGGGGAGAAACCUUAUGAAUGCAAGCAGUGUGGAAGGACUUUCACCUGUACUUCCAAUCUUUCUAGACAUCAGAAAAUGCACACUGGGGAGAAACCUUAUGAAUGCAAACAGUGUGGAAAGACAUUCACUUGCACCUCUAGUCUUCUUGUACAUCAGAGAAUGCACACUGGGGAGAAACCUUUUAAAUGCAAUCAGUGUGGAAAGACAUUCACUCGCAUCUCCAGUCUUGCUGUACAUCAGAGAAUCCACACUGGGGAGAAACCUUAUAAAUGCAAGCAAUGUGGAAAGGCAUUCAAUCAGAAGUCCAAUCUUGUUACACAUCAGAGAACCCACCUGGGUGAAGUCUUGUGAAUGCCAGUAGUGUGGGAAGACAUUUAGUUGUGGCUUCAAUCAUGCUAUAUGUGAAAACCAUACUAGUGAGAAAAAAAUAAAAACUGUGGAAAUGUGUUCAUAUUCAGUUCCAGUCUUACUAUGUUGUGGAGGAACUUUUCGUCCAUUUUGGGGCAGCAUUGUCGAAUUAGAAAUAUGCUACCCUAAAAACGGAUUCCCAACAUACCAUUUAUCCUGUUCUUACAUGCUGGCAUCGACAGGAUAUAUUUUGUUGGAGCCCUACCUCUCACGCUUCUCUACCUGUCAGAGUAGCUGAGAACAUGGGGAUAUUUGAGCAGCUAGAAAAACUCAAGUCAUGUGGUUCUAUUUUUAAACUAAGUGAAUAUUGUGUGUUAAUCCAAAUCUCAUGUGUUUUAAAAUAAUCAACAAACAGUAUGUGUGUAUAUAUAUAUAUAUGUGUAUAUAUAUAUAUAUAUAUAUAUAUCAGGAUAGAGGCACUGAAUUUAAGAGUACUUUUAUUUAAUUUCAAUAUUUGGUGUUAUAGAGCUUUAUUUACUAUUCAGAAAGGAAUGAAUUGACACAGCAGUGGUGUCUGCAGAACUCCAAAUUCAACUCCAGGCUCCAGCUUCCUUCACCUCCCUAGUGUCACCGUCUACCCACACUCCAUAGGUCACAUCUCUGUGAUCUCCCAUAUUGAGGUAGAGUUCUGCACUGAGUUUAGUGUGAUUCUUAAAACUGCUCAGACUCUACUUAAGAAUAUUUGAGUAAGCUAUUCCCCAUUUUUUACAAUGGAGAUACUUGGUCAGGAAUGUAUUGAGAACUUUAAAAUUACUCUACCCUGCUCAGACAGUGCCUUAGGGGAAGAUAAAGUUGCAAAUUCUUGAUUGAACAAUGAAAAGUCCCCAACUCAUACUUACAGUGAAGCAAAAACCCCCAGUUAAGUGGUCUAUUUUUAGAUCUAAUACAAAAGGGUGCUAAGUACCUAUAAAAGUUUAAUCACUGAUAGGUCAAGCAACUUUCAAAGGCAAGCUUAACAAAAGAGGUGUGAUGUUUUAGUCUACCCAGUGAAGGUGAGAACUAAAAAGUGAUGAGAACUAAGACUGGGCAGUCCUGGGAAAAAGCGUCUACUGUGAUUGGUAGAUGUGAAAAUUUAGGGAAGGUGACAUGAGAAAAUUUAUUUAAAAGGAGAAUGUAGUUUAGUGGUCAUUCAGUUUGGAAGUUUAAUUGGAACUCUGAACUCAGUUCACAGGAAGGUCUCCGAACUCAGUUCAGGAAUUGGAUUUCAGUGGAGGACUGGAGCUUGCUUGAGACUAGCUUGUGGUGAGUGAUAAAGACGGACUCGCUUUUCCUUAAGGCUCAAGUCUAGGCCCUUUCUACUAUUUUCUCUCUGAAUUCCUUUAUUUGUAUUAAUUAAAAUCUCCAUAAAACUCAGCUGACUUGGGGAAUUUUCAUAUUUGGGAAUUUUCCCAUGGUGACCACUUAACUCUAAUAUAAAUCAAGACACUAAAAUUUAUCUUUACAGUUUGGUUGGAACCUUUACAGUUUUGGCAACUCAUAGUCUUGGAAACCCACAUUUUCGCCAUUACAAUAGUGUGGAGGAAUCUCAUUUUGGAUGUGUUGUAGAGAGUGGGCAGGCUAAAAUGGCAAGGCUGUCUAUGGAGAUGAAUUUCUCUCCUGAAUUUCAGGAUAUUCUUGGUAAUUGAAAGGAACAGUGCUGCUAGGAAUGAGUUAUUUGAGAUAAGUAAUUGGUUGCCCUUCCAUAGAAUGGGCCAUCCUUGCAAUUCUAUUUCCUGUCUGUACUUUGGAGGAGUAAUCUCCUUUUCCCUCCCCUCUUGGGGUAAAAUGCCAGAGGCCAAGUGUUUCCAGGGAGCUGCUUUCAGGCCAUGUGGCUGGGGGCAAAAAUAAGGUUUAAGUGGCUACUAUGCUUGAAACCACAUGGAGGCUUGGAAAAAGGAAAAGAGUAGAUUACAGAAAGCAAAAUAAGGCUAAAAUCUGUUAAUUUUACCUCAGUAAUUAACACCCUCUAAUAACAAAAGAUUAACUUCCUUCAGUUUUCUGGAAUUUUCAUCUGGAGAUAUAAUCUUCAAGUUCUGUGUUACUUCCCCCCAGGUGAAAGAAGUUAGGAGAGUUAGAGUCUAAUUGUUGCUAAAACACACAUACAUACAUGGCUUAAGGGGUUACAGUGAACAAUGGUUAUCCAGCCACUGACAAUGUAAAGGAAAGGGAUUUCUACUUUCCCAGCUUCAAGAGACCAGCUCCAAGGACACCCAGCUCAUAGCAGCAGCAACAGUAACAUCAGCAGUAAGAACAGCAGCAGCAGGAGGAAUACCCAAGCAGUGAGAGAGGGAGGGAGGAGAAGGCAACAGCAGCAAAGCCCAGAAAACUGGCACAAGGCACAAGGCAGAAGAAACAUGCUUUCUUUUCAAACUAAUCUAGUUAGAAUUAAGAAAUCUGAACCCUAUUUCUGUGGUCACCAUAAAUGUAAGAUUUAGAUUAAUAUCCAAUGCCUGAAUUAUAUUUUUACAAAGUUUAUUAUCCAACAGUAGGACCAUGUGACCAAGUUGUGUAAAAAUUAAAUCUUAAUACUAAAAAUAUAUUUUAAGCAUUUAUUAGUAAGAAGUUAGAAGUAGUGGAUUAGUUAGAAGGCAAGGAAUAAAGAGGAUACAAAAUAAAUACCACCUGCCAAUGGCUGAUCAGCCAUUUCAAAACCCUUGCCUCACUGCUGCGACCAUGUUCACUGCUUCCUCUGGCAAUGGAGUGGAGACUUGGAGGGGAUGUGACCAAGAAUCUUGAUCAUUUUUGUAGAAGUGCAUAGUAAGCUGAAGAGUUACAAAUGAGAGAUGCUCUCUCGGGAGCCAUCUAGGGGUAUGAUGCCCUGGAAUCAACUUCCCAGCUCCUUUGGUAUGAGUUCGUCAUAGCCCAUCCAUUCACAUUUUUACAAAUGUGGGAUAUCGGAAUUAUAAUUGUAUUUCAUUUCAGCUACUAAAAUGGACCCUUUACCUCUUAUUACAAAUAACUCACAGGCAGGCAAAAUUUUCAUAGUUGUUGAAAGAAAAACAGAAAAGCCUCUUGAUCCGGACCUGUUUGAUUCAAAUCGUUCCUCCUCCCUCUGCCGCUCCUGGUCUCUCUCGCUCACCUGGUGCCCGCCCUUCCUGCAUGGUCAGCAAUCCAGACCUGUGCUCUCAAUCAUCUAGCAUCCCGCCCGCCCAGACCCAGCUAACUCUAGCCUCAGAGCAGAUCGCUCAUCGCCCCAGGCCCAAGACUCACUUCCACCAGCUGGUAAAAAAUUGGGAUGUUUUUUCUUUAGGCUAUAAUUAGCCUCCACAUGGACUGGGGGCAGGGAAUAGCACUGGGGGAGAAAGAAAGAAGGAAGAUACUUUUCCAAACAGGAACUUAAAGAAUGGCUACUUUAAAAGGAUAUCUUUUGACUGUACUGAUUCUUAUUUAUUUCACCUUAGUGCCAGGGGAAUAAUUCAGCUCCCUGAAACUCUUUAGCCAAAUUUGAGCUGCUUCACAAUGGGGAGUCAGCUCAGUGGCUCAGUGAAUUGAGAGCCAGGCUUAGAGAUGGGAAGUCCUUAGUUGAAAUCUGGCCUCAGACACUUCCUGGCAGUGUGGCCAUGGGCAGGUCAUUUAACCCCAAUUGCCUAACCAUUACCAAUCUUCUGCCUUCUGACAAUAGGCAUCUAAAUGGAUAAAAAGAACCCAAGGAACUUUAAAGAAACUGGAGGUUAUAUUUUUAAGGUUUUUCAGACUCCAAUGUUUUAUAAUAAUCUCUGUAUUCUAUUGCGUUUUACUGAUUGGUUUGUUUAAGAUUUAACUUUGUGAUUUAAGUUCAUAUAUUACUGGAUUCAAUACUAUUCUGUUAUACCAAAUAAUUUUAAAGUACUGGGUUUUAACUACUGUUAGUUUUUCCCCCUAUAACCAUACUGAACAAACAUUAUCAAGUAGGCCCAUAUAAAAAGAACUUUUGUAUUUUUGACUUUGUAAAUUAGAGGAUAGGUGGAUUUCAUCAGAAAAAUUGUUAUAUAACAACCUUUGGAAAAUUUAAUGAGCUAAAUAUCUCAAAUUGAUUUUAAGGGUUCUUUAGACACGAUUUUUAGAAUGUUUCUGAACAAUAUCUGGUCAUUUUGCCUACCCCUAAAACAAGGUAAGGCCCAUUUUAGUAGCUGAUGGGUAAUACAAUUAUACUCCCAACUCCCACAUUAUGAGAAUGUGAAUGGAAGCUGGGAGUUAAUGCCAGGGCCUGUAGAACUCCUGGAAGACUCCCAAAAGAGGAACAUCUCUCAUUUAUAACAUUUUAACUCAUUUUACUUCCACCAGAAUGAUAUGUAGAAUUCUUGAUAAUGUUCAGAACCAGAAAUAAGUCUUACUUUGUUUAAAAAUGUGUUUACCAAGGUUCAAAGAUUUGCUAUGUUUUUAAAAAUUGUGACAAAUAUCCAUCAGUUUAUAGGGUAUUGAAAUGCCAUAUAGCAACUGAUGUGAAAAAAAUGAUAGUGUUUGUUUGCUAUUAUAAUUAACUGUAGUAUUGAGAAUUUUGGGGAUACUGAUUCCUACAUAUUUGUAAUACUGUUCUUUAUUUAAAAAAUGUUACCUUGUGAAAUUAAUUUGCUUGUACUCACAGUGGAUCAUGGCCAGAUAUGAAGAGGAAAUGGAUCUCAUUUUUGGUGAGAAAGUCUUGUAUAUUUUUUUAGCUAACAUGGUGUGUCAAUGAUUAUAAGCUAUAUUUUUGAAUUUUUAACACUUUAAUUAUAUUUUUCUUGCAUGUGCAAUAUACUAUUUCAGAAUUUUUCUCUCCUUUUUAUAUUUGAAGCACAUGUCAACAGUAUUAAGAUUUUCUUCAACGUUUUUAUUUAGCAGUAAUACAAGUUCAGAAUACAUUUGCUAUAAUGUCAAUGCAUGCCCCAAUAGCUUGAGACUAUAAAAAUGAUGCCACUAAUUGUUUAAACAAAAUUAUGGGACUUUGCUUAAUGAUUCUGAUGCCAGGACAAAAUGUACAAAAGAGCCAUUGCACAGGGCCAAAGAUAAACCAAUCCAGGAUAGAUUGAUGCACUUCUAAGCCAAUACAGAGGACUUGAACCUAGUGUGAAGACUCAAGGUUGAAAUGCUUGACAUAUGUUAAGACGUAGGCCUUCCUUGUAUCUACACUCACUCUGAAAAUACUUACAGGUGAGUAUCCCAAACCUGGCUCCUAUAAUCUAGUCCCUUUUCUGUCUUUCAUAAUGUGGCAAAAUUUCUGUAAUUCUGGCUACUGACUGGGUAAAUGCAUCAUUGCUUACAUCAUUUUAAUUGGGCCCUGAUUCAAGGACCUGUUAUAGAUUUACUUUUACGUGGAAUAUUUACACAGAAGACUUUGAUAGUCUAUAUAUUCAUCCAGAAAUUUUCUUUUUUUUUGUUUUUUUUUCUGAUGUGUUUUUAAUUUCUCUUGCAAAUUGAUUCAUAUGCCUCAUAACUCAGCCAUGCAUCCCUAAGUGAUCCUGUGUUUUUCAAUCACCCUCUUCAUGGGGAAAUGUAAAAAUAUUAUUAUUUUACAUUGCAAAGUUUAAAUUUCUUUUAAGAAAAAUAUUAGGUAAAGAAACAUGAUACCUCUCUGAAUCCAGAAACUGACCUGUUUGGAGAAGACACCAUGAAGAUGCCUCCAGUCCACAAACUGCAGGAGAAGAUUAAGAAUGAAAUUUGGGUGUGGUUGAUUGAACAUUUAUUUGUAUGUAUACUUUCAUGCCAAAGGGGACUGCCCCCUAAUUGGCUUUUGUCUGCAUCUAGCAACUUUUGCUUUUGUUCUUUGUUCCUCUUAUCCUCAAAUUAUUGUAAUCCUUAAAUUGAUUAUGUUUUCAUGAUCCUUUUGGGGAAAAUCUUUUCCCAAAAGAUCAAACAGAAUGUAAAAAUGGAGAUUUGAACCCAGAUUUCAAUCCCCAGAAGUCCUUGGAACUUGCCAGAGUUUCCCAGAAUGUCACCUGAGUGCGAGAUCACCAAUUAUUAAUUAAGGGGGCUCUCCACCUACUUGUUCUCUCUUCCUACUUCAGCUUCUUAGCACAUACGGCUCUCUACCAGGCAGGCAAGAUGUGGAGUGAGUGGUUGUGAAUGGGCUCUCUGGGCCUAGACACGUGCUUUCUAUGUUUGUAUUUUCUUUAUUUCUUAAUCUUUAAUAAACCUCUAAAAAUAUAA